GACACAAAAAGUUACGUGUAAUAAAAAUCGGAUGUAGAAACUAAUAUUAAUAAUCGCAAACGUUUAAGGCAAUUGAGUACGAGAAGUUGGAGAUCAUCAUGAUAAUGCUCAGUCAUUCUCCUGUACUCGUAUUCGUUGCAGAUAAAAAUAUUCAUUAAUUAUUUCAAAUAAAUGAAUACAUCCACGUAAUUACAAUCAGUUGCUCAUAAUUGUAUUGAAGCAAUAAAUUUUUGCCCAUAUAUUGCAAAUGCAUUGGUGUUUGUAUUUAUAAUAAGUAGUGCAAUUAACAAUUUCUUGUCAGUACAGUGACAGUAGACCAAAGCGUGAAUACUAUUAAAAAAAAAAAUAUUUAUAUAUAUUUAUUUUUAGUCAUAUUUACGGGUUGAGCAUCACAUAUACAUAUAUAAACUUUCACUACUAUUGAUAUUGAUAGAACAUAUACAUACACACCACCAUCAUGUCCGCAACGCCAACGUUUUCAACUCAGCUGGAUAAAACAGCUGUUGAAAAUUUUCGCGAGUAUUUACGGAUUCCAUCAGUUCAUCCGAAUGUUAAUUAUGAUGAUUGCGUUGCAUUUCUACGACGCCAAGCCCAAAGCUUGGAUUUACCGGUCAAAGUGUAUGAACAUCAUCCAGGCAAGCCAAUUGUUAUUAUCACCUGGAUAGGAACUGAUCCAGCUUUGCCAUCGAUUUUACUCAAUAGUCAUAUGGACGUUGUUCCUGUGUUUGCUGAUAAAUGGACGUACCCACCAUUUAGUGCUGAGAUGGAUGAAAAAGGAAACAUAUAUGCACGUGGUUCACAAGACAUGAAGUGUGUUGGUAUUCAAUAUAUUGAAGCGAUACGACGAUUAAAAUUGAAUGAACAACGAAUGAAAAGAACAAUUCAUAUGUCUUUUGUGCCUGAUGAAGAAACUGGCGGCGUCCUUGGAAUGGAAUCAUUUGUAACUACUGCAGAUUUCAAAGCAUUGAAUGUUGGAUUUGCAUUAGAUGAAGGUGUUGCAUCACCAGGAGAAAACUUUUAUAUAUUCAAUGGUGAAAGAGCUAUCUGGCAUGUUAGAGUUAAUUGUACUGGACCACCAGGACACGGUUCUUUGCUUCUUGCAAAUACUGCUGGAGAAAAAUUACGAGUCAUUAUUGAUAGAUUUAUGGACCUUCGAGCUGAGCAAAAGGAUAAAUUAGAUCGAGGAAAUUAUAUGAUUGGAGAUGUUAUAUCUGUGAAUUUAAAUAAAGUUGAGGGUGGUAUACAAACCAAUGUGAUACCUGAAAAACUCACUGCUGUAUUUGACGUUCGUCUUCCACCUUCUGUAGACCAUGAAGAGUUUGAACAAACUAUUUUGAGUUGGUGUAGAGAAGCUGGGGAAGGAGUAUCAAUUGAAUUUGAACAAAAAAAUCCGAGGAUUGAAGUGACCAAAUUGGAUGAAACCAAUCCGUAUUGGUUAGCUUUCAAAAGAGCCUGUGAUAGUCUCAAUCUUCAUCUACAAAGUGGUAUUUUUCCUGGUGGAACUGAUAGUCGUUACGUUCGUGGGGUUGGUUUACCGGCUAUAUGUUUUUCACCGAUGAACAAUACUCCAAUAUUACUACAUGAUCAUGAUGAAUAUUUGAACAAAGAUAUAUUUUUACGUGGAAUUCAAAUCUAUAUGAGCAUUAUUCCUGAAGUUGCAAAUGUCUAAUCUACAAUGAAAAUCGAAAAUAUAUAUAGAGAAAAAUGAUACACUCCGUGCCAUAUUCAGUGAAGGAUUAAUAUUAAAGAUAAGGUAAAAGUGCAAUUUUAUACAUAAAUUAUAAGUUUAUAUACAAUAUAUAACACACAUAUAUAGAUAUAUAUAUAUUGCAAGUCUUUAAAAGUAACAGAAAUUAGUGUGUUAUUUAUUUAUUAUGUAAUAAAAAGUAUAUACAAUU